AUGCCUCACAAAGUGAACGACUCCAACUCCACGCUAGCCAGCACAAGCAGCGGUGACCAAGCAACCACCGAAGUUCGGAAUCUGAGUAUGUCAAGGGUUUUCCCGAUCUCCCAGAUGCAGCCUAAACUAAUGCACACCCUUGCAGCCAAUCCCGUCCGCAAACCCCCAGUAAUUGUCCACAACAAGGGCGGCCAAAUAUAUGACGAAACCCGGCCCUCAGACUGGGACAAACAACGCUGGAAGUAA